CGCAUGGCCGAGCUGGCGCGGGUUCCGGACCGGCUCUCCUUCGAUUGAAGAAGCCCGCCUCCCUCGUUCCCCUCUUUCGAUCUAGAGCUCUGGGUUUCCCUCUCCUUGGCAUUUCGGAGUCCGGAGAAUCGUGAGAUCCCAACCCUCGUUCAUCGAACUGCUCUGGUUCAAUAACAGACUGCAAGCAAUGAUAAGAAUACAGAAGUAGAGGGCCCAAUGCUUUGAAAUAGCAGCGGCAACAUACUCGACAUCAAGAAACACGAGCUUCAGAAUAUAUCAGAUAAGUACCACAAAUUAGAUGAUAUUCCAACAUUUGAUUUGGGUUUGCAGAAGCAUGUUUAGGAGAGCUUCUUACUGUAAUGUACUCAGAACCAGACUAAAAUCUUGACAGUUCUGAUAUCGUCAAUGCUGAAGAGUUUUAUCUGAUAGAAACCCACCAAACAUCUUGAAUCCAGUAUUUUGCAAAGAUUUUGAUAGGUCUUAUAAUUGAUAGAUAUGAAAAUGAAAUCUCGUAUUGACCAUUGGGUUGCUAUUAUAUUCUUUAUCUUUUCCAUGCAUUCAUGGCUGAAAGGAAUCCUCUGAUUGAUCAGUACCGACUUAUCCUGUUGUAGUACUCUCCAACGGUGAGUGAACUGCAGUUAGGCUGUUGCUUUUGCUCUACUACAAAAAUAUUCUUAUAACAGAAGGAGACAGGCAGAUGAAAAGAGUUGUAUCAUAAGAGCUGCAUGCUCUCCCAGCUUUCCUUAGUUCCAUUCUUUUCGCUAUGGACCAAUGAUGGUUGUCGAUUUUGUCAUGUUUCUCGUUUAAUACAUUUAGGCAGUUUGAUUCAGUGCUAAAUGCCUGGUGUCAAGGUCUCUAUCUUGUUUAAUCUGUGCUGAUUCAGUCACUGACACAUUGCUUUUGGCAGUAAUCACCAUGAAUGGACCAGCAAUUGAAGGCGCUUCUUGGUCGUUGGACCAUCUUCUCGUCACUGCUUCAGAUAUACGUAUUCUAUUGGGAUGGAGUCUAGUUAGCCUCCGUGUGGGUUGGAGAGGACACACGGACUCGGCAAAACCGUCCGCGUCGCCACGGAUGUGACCCAGCUGCCCUUCCUCCGGACGCGCUGACGUUCACCCGCCGAAAGCGAGGGCGGUCUUUGUCGACCCAAUCUCCGCCGACCAUCUCCAUCCACGUUCUUGGGGUGAUCGUCUCUUGUCCGUGCCUUCCCUCGCUUCACCCAUCGUGCUACCUCCUUUGCGACGACGCCAACAGAUGAAGAUUAUGAAAAUAGUUUGAGGAAAUGGGCUACUAAUGGCAGCUGCAGAAGCAAGGGCUGCUUGGCAGCGCACUGCGAACCGUUGUCUAGUCCAGGAAGAUGCAAAACGAGCUCCAAAAUUAGCUUGUUGUCCAUCGUCUACCCCACAAAAUGAUUUAGGCAAUGGGAACACAGCAAUUGCACAAGAUAAUUCUGUUCCCAACUUGAUGCCUUUGAACAGGAAUUCCAUGAAUGCUAAUCUUUCACCUGAAACAAAAUGGUGGCUUCAGCUGCAACCCAAUUUUGGAUACCAAAAGGACUUUAUCUUUGAGCAACUAAGCUCCUUAGAAGAUGAAGUUGAUGAGGAGGACACGGAAACUAUGGUCCCAACAUCAAAGUUGGAUCUGGAAUCUUUGCCAAUUGACUUUAACAAUUUUGCUCUUAAAAAGGAAGAGAGUAUUCUGGAACCACCUUCGAUGGUAUCAUCAACUGUCGUGAUGCAUGAUUCUGAAACUAUGGUCAAAGAUAUUAAGACAGCAACCAGUAAUCCACAACAGUUACCAAAGCGGAAGGCACCUGUGAGUGAUUAUUUUCAUAAGAAGAACGAACUUCUGGAUAUGGAGUCAGUUGAUCAAUUAAGUUUGAAAAGGCCAGAAAAGGCUUCUUCGGACCUUGAAACACCUUGGACUGGGAGUAAUAACUCUGAGCCAUGGUGGCGUAUUGCAGACAAAGAUGAGUUGGCUUUAUUAAUUGCCCAAAAAUCAAUGCAACAGCAUAUUGAAAACUGUGAUCUGCCUAAACCCAGAGAGACAAUUCAUGUUACUAAGAACCUUUCUUCUUCUGAGAAUAUGGAUAAAUGUGGGAAUUUUCAAUCAUCAUCGGGAAGAAAGUUAAGUGCAGACAUAAGCAAUGCCAACGAACACUCACAUAAUACAUUUUCUUUUGCAAACUCUGAGAACAAGAAUUUGUCUUCUGGUGAAAGAGGCUAUAUGCUCCAUGAUUCAGAGAAAUUGUACAGCCACACACGAGGUUAUGUAAAUGAUGAACAACAUGAAGAUAACCAUACAUCUGAGCAUGACCUUUCAAGGGCUGAGCUGCUGGAGGCACUUCACCAUUCCCAAACCCGAGCUAGGAUAGCUGAAAUAGCAGCCCAGAAAGCUUAUGAUGAGAAGGAACACAUAGUCAAGCUGUUGUUCAGACAGGCAUCACAUCUAUUUGCAUACAAGCAGUGGCUACGAGUGCUGCAACUCGAUAACAUUUUUCUCCAACUCAAGAUCAAGGACCAUCAGAUAGCGACGAUCAUCCCUGUGCUGCCCUGGAUGUCAUUGAAGGGGAAACUCUCAGGCAAAGGUAACAUAACAAGAAACGGGAGUAAAAAGCACAAACGUCACAUAUGCAAAUAUGCCUUUGCCUUUGCUGUUGGGUUGGGUCUGGCUGGUGCAGGGUUGCUCUUAGGUUGGACAAUUGGCUGCUUGUUUCCCUCUAUAUAGAUCACUAUAGUUCAGAAAUAUGCCAAUUUCUUUGAACCAAAUGACUCCCAGGCUCCUUUUAUCUCAGGCAAGCGAGUGAAUAUUAGGCCCAUAUUUUGUGGGCUGAUGUGAAAUCUUGGGUAUAUGGGGUGGCUCAGAUCAUCUUCACUGGAGGAUUCAUCUUUUGUUGUAUAUAUGGUUUCUCAUGUACAUACGUUGAAUCUGAAGUUGUACAUGCGUUUAUUAUGCACAGGUAGGGUGGGGAAGCUUUAUUAAUUGUAUGAAAUAAGAAAGUGUCUGAUGACAUCAUCGAUUAGAUCUUUAUUGUUAUUCAUUACUGCACAAUCAUUGUAAUGAUGCCUUGUGAUCUCAAAUCAGUUUGCUCGUGUCAUUUACAUGCAUCA